GGACUGCGUUGUCGGUUCCCAGCUAUGGCGGCCAACCACCCGUGACGUGUCGGAACAUAUCGCCGGGGACCGUUGUCGAUCUUGAUGGAGCAUCAGCCGGUCGGUGCCUUGGAGAGAGGGAGGGACCGGUGCUCCAGAACUUGUGACUUGUACGACUAACACACGGAGAGAGAGAGAGAGAGAGAGAGACAUUUCGCCGGGGAUCGUCGUCGAUCUUGAUGGAGCAUCAACGGGUUGGUGCUUUGGAGAGAGGGAGAGACCGGUGCUCCAGAACUAGUGACUUGUAUGACUAAACACACGGAGAGAGAGAGAGAGAGAGAGAGAGAGAGAGAGAGAGAGAGAGAGAGAUGCUCCUCUCGUCUUCGGUUGUGAACGAACAGCAGUGCGGUGGUUGCUCGGCCGUCUCGAUCUCGGCGAGACGGACGUGAAAGCAAGAUUUCGGUGCAGAUGUAGCAAGCGUUUGAUCGUCGCGAUCGGGAUGGUCGUGGUUCGUCAAUCGGACAAACUCGACGGAGUCACACUUGCGUUAUAAGAUAUAUAUAUACCCUUGUAUUUUCGACACUGAAUAUAGCGGCAGUUGAGGUCAGGAACAGGUGGGAAAGUCCUAGUAUGAGAACGCAUGUUAGUUUUGUAAAGAUCACAUCCCGGGUUGAUUGGUUUGUACCAUGUCCAGAGCUCGAUUGCUUCUGGCGUGAUUAGUUUCAUCGAUUGAUUGAUUGAUUGAUUGAUUGAUUGAUUAAUUAGUUGAUCACUUUAUCAGAAAAGCUAUCCGUCGUAAUUCUGGCGUUAUUAGUUUCAUUGAUUGAUUGAUUGAUCGAUUGAUUAAUUAGUUGAUCACUUGAUCAGAAAAGCCAUCCGUCAUAAUAAUCUAGAUGAGAGAAUGGAGGAAUUGCAAAGUAUGUGGGCACGUUCUUUAUUAGGAACGACUGGUUGCCGAUUGAUCUGGUUGAUUGAUUGAUUAGGUUGAUUGAUUGAUUAGGUUGAUUGAUUGAUUAGGUUGAUUGAUUGAUUAGGUUGAUUGAUUGAUUGAUUGCCGCGUUGGAAAUUGAUUGAUUAGGUUGAUUGAUUGAUUGAUUGCCGCGUUGGAAAUUGAUUGAUUAGGUUGAUUGAUUGAUUGAUUGCCGCGUUGGAAACUUGACGUAGCGUACGUGUUUUUUAUUUCAUUCAUUUGGUUAACAUUCUACUUCGUUGAUUGAUCAUAUUCGAUCUAUCUUUCGUCAGGAAUUCCUCAUUGCUGCGUUUGAUUAGUUCCUUGAUUGAUUGGUUGCGUCCUCUUUGUUUUUUCGUAUAAUGCCAUAAUUCAUUGCCCGUUAUAUAUAUAUAUAUCUAGAGAGAGAGAGAGAGAGAGAGAGAGAGAGAGAGAGAGAAGGAAGAUGAGUUACUCGGCGUUUGAGCUGUUGUCUGUGAUUCAAGAGUGUCCGUCGCGCAUUGUGAGUUUGGGACUAUGGGGAUCCCUACUUCUGGUGGGGUGUUAUGAUGGGUGUCUCCGCAUCUACGGUCCCGAUCAAGACGAUCCCGGCGAUGGCCGCUCGUCGUCUUCCACGGCUGCCAAGGAGGACGAUGAGCCGUCGGGUCGACGUCAUCACCACGACCGGUCCCAAUCCAUGGGAGGAGGAGGUAGCCGGACCUCCUCCUUCUCCUUCUCCUUCUCCGUCGCUUCCGGUGCCUCCUUUGCUGCCACCGCUCAUCACAAGCCUUAUUUGUUGAAGUCAACGAAAAGCGGCUUGUCAAGAACCGCCAUCAUCCAGAUGGAGGUGAUUCAAUCUCGCAGCUGUGUGAUCAGCCUUUCGGACGCCGUGUUCAUCCACUCGUUGCCGGAGUUUGACCUCAUCGCUCAUCUUGGCAAGACGAAGGGGGCGACGAUGUUCGCUUGGGAUCCCGACAAGCUGUUGCUUUGCGUCGCGAUCCGACGUAAGCUGCUGUUCUAUCAGCUAGACGGCAACAGACCGACGGAGCUGAGGGAGCUUCCCUACGCGGAGACGGUCAAAUGUAUGGCGUGGUGCGGCGAGGGGAGCAGCGUCUGCCUUGGUGUCAGGCGCGAGUAUGUCAUGGUCAAUUUCCAAACGGGGGCCGUUAUCGAGGUCUUUCCUGCUGGUAGGUAUGCCCCUCCCCUUGCCGUGACGGCGGCAAACGGUGAAGUUCUGCUCAGCAAGGAUAACAUCGGCAUCUUCGUGGAUCGAAACGGCCGAGCCGUUAGGUCGGGCGGCUUGAGCUGGACCGAAGCACCGGGUGCUGUUGUCAUCUCCCCUCCUUAUGCGUUGGGUCGCCUAUCCCGAUUCAUAGAGGUGAGGUCGCUUCUCCCUCCUCACCCCUUGGUCCAGACGCUGAUGUACUCUGGCGCUGUUCAUCUGAAGGGAGGGGAGCCAGGUGUGGUCAUCGCUUCCGAUCGCAGCGUCUCUCGCGUGGUCCCGAUCCCGUUGGACGCACAGAUCGACCAACUUGUGUCGGCCGGGAAUUUCGAGGAGGCGUUGGGAUUGUGUAAGCUGCUUCCGCCAGCUCCUCCUUCGGCGUCCUCCUCCUCCCUUCGUUCACCGAAUGAAGACGCAAUUCGGAUCCGAUACGGCCGGCACCUGUUCCGAUCGGGACGGUACGAGGAGGCCAUGGUGCAGUUCUCCAAGUCGUCGAUGAACCUGGUCUCAAUUCUGUCACAAUUCAGAAGCGUAGUGGUGUUGCCGGAGUGCGCGAAGCAGUUGGCGUCGUCGGCGCGCUUUGGUCGCGACGGCGCGCUUCGAGACAGCCGGGUCGCCACGUCAGCAGCAGAGGAUGCCGGUGGCGGCGGCGGGAGCGGGGAGUGGGGGGAGUCGGGGGUGGGGAGCGACGAGGAGGAGGAGGAGGAGGAGGAGGAGGAGGAGGAGGGAGAUUAUGGCCAGGAAGGGGAACAAGCGGGGGGUCAGAGGAAGCGGGGUGCGGGGGUGGGGGAAUUGAAAGGCCCGGAAUUGAUGAAGACGCUCGGCGCGCUGCUAGGGUAUCUGAUGGGUCGCCGCCCUGCUGUCAUCGAGGCCGCCGAAGUCGAAGAGAUGAACGCCUCCGUGGGCUUGAGUGGGGAUCGGGACACGGGAGGAGGAGGAGGAGGAGUAGGAGGAGGGACAGGUGGGACUGCGGUCGCGCUCGCUAAGGUUCUGGACACUGCCCUCGUCCAGGUUCUUUUAGAAGUUAGCGCGCCUCCGCCUUCGCCGUCCUCCCCCCCUCCCUCCUCUGCAUUACGCCCUAGCAGCAGUAGCAGCAGGGGAGGUGGAGGGGGUGGGGGUGGGGGUGGGGGUGUGGUCCAGAUUGCUAUUGGCGGGGGUAAUUCCUCCACCGGCUCUGUUUAUGGCGGCUGGCUGCAUCAGGUGCUGGAUGGGCAUUAUUGCGACGUGUCAAUCUGUGAGGAAGCGCUGGUUAAGCGCGGGCAUUAUGCGGAGCUCUUGACCCUGUACAGGCGCGCAGAGAUGCAUGAGCGGGCGCUGGACUUGUUGCACAAGCUGUGGGAGCAGCCUGAUUUGCUCACGUCAUCUUCGCGGAACCCUAAGGAGAGAGAGGAGCUCACUAGCCCCAUGAGCAGCAUAAAGUACUUGAAAGAAUUGGGUUCUGGUAAUCACACCGACCUGAUUCUCGAGUACUCCAAGUGGCUGCUCAAAGCGGAUCCGGAUAUGACCCUAGAGUCGUUGUUGAUGGACUUGGAACCCCCGCUGCCGGCGGGUGUGGUGCUCGCACACUUGCGAGAGAACGCCCCCCUCUUACAAGCUGCCUAUCUCGAGAGAAUGAUGGCUAUCGGAAUCAGGGGGAAAGGUGAAGGCGGCGGGGGGGGGCCGGGCGGGAAGCAUCAUCAUCAUCAUCAUCAUCAAGUGGCCAUUCCCGCCGAUUUAUAUAAUGAACUAGUGCAGCUUUAUCUUGACAGAGUUCUGGAAGAGAAAAAGCGUUGCAGCGAUCGUGGUCGGCGAAGAAACCAACGAGUACGCGAUGGUGAUGAUGAUGAUGAUGAUGAUGAGGGGGAGGAGGAGGAGGAGGAGGAGGAGGAAGAAGAAGAAGAAGAUGAAGAAGAGCACGAACGUCGCGGCGUAGAGGAAAGGCGUGAGCAGAAGAAGGAGAAGGAGGCGGAGGAGAGGGAGGAGGAGAAGAAGGGAAGAAAGGACGGCAAUGAGGACGCGAAGGACGCGAAGGAGGAGAAGGAGAAGAAGGAGAAGGAGGUGAAGGAGGAGGAAGGCCAGUGGGAUGAAAAACACCCGUCUCCGACGAGACAGAAGCUUCUGGCAAUUCUGCGAGUAACCACCCUGUUAGAUCCUGACAAGAUUCUGUCUCGAUUGCCAGCAGACGGGCUUUAUGAAGAGAGAGCUCUUCUGCUUGCUAGCUUGAAAAGGCAUUCUCACGUGCUGGCGAUCUAUGUGAGGAAGAUGGGUGAUACCAAGGCCGCAGAGAAUUACUGCGACAAAGUGUUCGAUGAAUGCUACUCCAGUGCGUCGUCAUCUGAUGUGGCGGCAGGCAGCCGUCGAGUGAUGAUAGGCGCAAAGGCAGGGGAUUACCCGUUGAUAGAGAACGGAAUAGGAGGAAGAGGGGGGAAGGAGAGAAAAGAGGGACUGGACUUGUACCAGGUGCUGCUUGGUCUGUAUCUGGACCCAUUGAGAUCGGCGGAGCUAGUCGCGGCGGCGAUGGCGAAUCCGCUAAGGGUUCAGACUCCCGUGAAGAGAGGCCGAGCUGUUGUUGCUGUUUCCUUAGGGGGAGGAGGAGGAGGAGGAGCAGGAGGAGGAAGAGGAGGAAGGGGAAGAGGACGAGCGGGAGGUAAGAUGGGUGAUAGGAUUAGGGUUGUGGCGGGUAGCGAUCAGCGUAAGCUUACUCGAGGAGGAGGAGGAGGAGGAGGAGGAGGAGGAGGAGGAGGAGGAUGGGGAAGAGUGCCAUCUUUUCGUCAACGAAGAGAAGGUGGUUUUGAGAGCAGAGGAACGGCGAACUCCACGACUUCUGAAGUGUCAGAAGAGGAGAUGAGUGGAGGUGUUAGGAGAGGAGGUGGUCGAUCUGAUAACUCUCCUUCCACCUCGCGCAACUCCUCUUUCAAGAAGCUUGCACUCAUUCAGACGGUAGGAGAGGACGCAGGAGGAGGAGGAGAUGGGGGAGGAAGAGGAGGGGGGGGAGAAGGGGUCAAAACGCCCGAUGGCAGAAGGCGAAUGUCAGUUGCCGUGAACAACCCUCCUGUUUCUGGGAAAACCCUUCUGUUAGCGCCUCCUUCCCCUUCUCCUUCUCCUUCUUCUUAUUCCUCUCCUCCUCCUCCUCUGUCUGCUUCUUCCCCCUCCCGUUCUGGUGCUAUGAUCCCGUCAUCGCCAGUCGCGACUACGUCGCGGGCGGAGGGCAAACGAAGGGCAACAAAGGCCACCACCCCUGGCGGAACACUCCUCUCUCCUUCUCCUGCUCCUUCUCCCCGUCCUUCCUCUUCUUCUUCUCCUUCUUCGUUUUUGGAGUCGUCAACGGCUAAUGGUGCUGUUUCCAAGAGUGGCCUUGCUGUUCAGAACGGACGAGGAGUCGGAGUAGCGGCGGGAGUAGGAGAAGCAGGAAGAGGAGGAGGAGGAGGAGGAGGAGGGGUCAUCUUGCUAUCUGAGGCAUUGGAGCUGAUGAGAAGACGAUGGAAUCGCGUUGAUGGGAUGCAGGCUUUGACUCUGCUAAGCAGCGAUACGCUGUUGCAGAGCGUAAUGCCUUUCCUUGAGCCGCUGUUUCUUACCUUGAGCGAGCUGAGGAGGAACGCUCUGGUCGUGAAGAAUUUGAGGAACAGCCAGAGUCUCCAAGUGCGCGAUGCGCUGGCGCAAAGCCGCAAGCGCGUGGUCCACGUCAGUAACGAACGGGCUUGUGCCAUCUGUCACAAGAGGAUUGGAAACAGCGUCUUCGCAGUUUACCCUAGCGGUACCCUGUCCCACUUCGUGUGCUUCAGGGACAACCGAUUCCCAGUCGGGACGGCGAGCGGCACAGGUGGGACAGGUGGGACAGGUGGCGGCUUCAUGAUUACCCCGGCCGGGACCACAAGUACCACAGCUGGCAAUCUCAUGCCUGGUGCUGCUGCCGUGGUGGGAGGAGGUUUCACGUCGGUAGCCAGCUCUUGAUGACGGCACCUGCCCUCUGUUUUUUUUAUUUUAAGUUGUUUAAUCUUCUUCCCUCCCUCCCCCUAACGACACCUUCCCUCCCUGCCCUCCCUCCCCCAACCAAGAAAGAGAAAAUAAAGAGAUAUAAAAAGCCCAGGUGACAGGUCCUACAGUGUUAUUAUAAAUAUUAAGUUCUUUGUCUUUGUUUUUUUUUUGGUCUUCUUUUGUCUGCUUCUUUCUCCUUUUGUCUUCUUUUGAGAGUUGUAUCUACCUAUAUUUCGGUGCAUCAACGUGCCGUAUGCGAGAUUACUCGUCAUACUGUGUGUAUAUCAGCCUCCUGAUGAGUCGGUGACACUCCGACGGAACAGUUUGUCACACACAGCCCCUCGUUUGUUGUCCUCUUCUACCUUUCUGCCUACCGUGUACCGGGAAGCUCUUUUUUUUUUUUUUUUUUUUUUUAUUUCGACCAUUUCUCGAUUUAUGCGUGUCAUCCUUGCGCAGGGGCCAUGCUAAUCUUCUCUCUCUGUAUCGUUCCAAUUUUAACGGAUGUCCCGAAGGACUGUACCGGGAAGUUCCGCUUAACGAGAAAUAUGUAAGCAGCCUCCUGAUGAGUCGGUGAAACUGCAACGAGAUAUUCUGUCAGUCCCUCGUUCGUUGUCCUCUUCUCCCUCGCUGCCUACGGUUCACCGGGCAGUUCUCUCUAUGAUGGUGUAUGGCCGUCGCUACGCGGCCAUGCUGUGCCUCCAGUGCCAGCGGCGUGUGUGGAGAGUAUCCUUAUGGCUGUGACAGACCUUUCUUUGUUUCGUGGGUGUUUUGCUUGGUUGUGAUGGGGUGUGAACCGAUCGACAGUCUGUAGAGUUUUCCAUCUGGUGUGGGUGAGUGAGUGAGUCUGCUUUGAGUUUCGUCACAGGUACCUUGAGGGCAGUGGUUGGUGGUCCCCACCACCUCAGAGGGGGAUCAGUUGUCGGGCAGUCGUUGAUGCUUAACCAGA